UGAAGUCCGUAGCUGGGAGCUGGCAGUAUCUGCAUUAUUUCUACCGUCGUAGCAAAGACAGAGACAAUAUACUGGAUAUUUAGCCAGUAACAAGUAACACACAUUUCUAAUGCCAACGCAUGUUUGGAUAUGAAUUAAAAAGACAGACCGGUUGGGCUAACAUGGAGACGUCGGGGAGAAUAACAACCACGCCAGAUGCCCACGACUUCACAGUGGAAAACGUGGAAAAGGCACUCCACCAGUUGUACUAUGACCCUAACAUAGAGAAUAAGAACCUGGCCCAGAAGUGGCUGAUGCAGGCUCAGGUCUCCCCUCAGGCCUGGCAGUUCUGCUGGGCCCUGCUCUGCCCUGACAAGGUUCCUGAGAUCCAGUACUUUGGGGCUAGUGCCCUCCACACCAAGAUAUCACGCUACUGGUCUGACAUCCCUUCUGACCAGUAUGAGACCCUAAAGACUCAACUCUUCUCCCAGAUCGCCUGCUUCUCCUCCGGGUCCAAGAUGGUGCUGACGCGUCUAUGUGUGGCGCUGGCCUCCCUGGCCCUGAACACCAUGCCAGAGGCAUGGCCAGGCGCCGUGCCAGAGAUGGUACGUGUGUUCCAGGAGGAGGGAGGGGGGGUGGACGGCCGGGCAAGGUGUCUGGCCCUGCUGGAGCUAUUGACCGUCCUGCCUGAAGAGUUCCAGACCAGCCGCCUGCCACAGUACCGCAAGGGACAGGUGCGAGGUGCGUUGGGUCGUGAAUGGGGGUCAGUGUGUCCACUCCUCCAGCAGCUGCUGCGUCGAGGGGACAGUCCCGGGGCAGUGAAGGCCCGUGUCCUGCGCUGUCUGUCCUCCUGGGUGCUGCUGGAUGUCCCUCUCAGUGAGAGUGAAGGACUGGUGGAGGACUGUUUCACUGCUCUACCAGACCCCGAGCUGUUUGAUACCGCCGUGGAGGCUAUUGUCAACGCCAUAUCACAACCCGACUCCCAGAGGUAUGUGAACACCCUGCUGAAGCUGGUUCCCCAGGUCUUGUCCCUGCAGGAGCAGCUGAGAGAGGCCAUCCAGAACGGAGACAUGGAGACAUCACACGGAAUCUGUCGCAUUGCUGUCGCACUGGGCGAGAACCACUCCAGAGCUCUUUUGGAGCAGGUAGAGCACUGGCAGGGUUUUCUGGCUUUGGUCAACAUGAUCAUGUUCUGUACUGGGAUACCAGGACACUACCCAGUCAACGAGACGACCAGCUCCCUCACUCUCACUUUCUGGUACACACUACAGGACGACAUCAUGUCGUUUGACUCUGAGAGACAGGCGGUGUAUCUGCAGGUUUAUAGACCAGUGUAUUUCCAGCUGGUGGAUGUUCUGCUGCAUAAAGCCCAGUUUCCCUCUGACCAGGAGUAUGCAUCAUGGUCCUCAGAUGAGAAGGAGCAGUUCAGAAUCUACAGGGUGGAUAUCUCCGACACUCUGAUGUAUGUGUAUGAGAUGCUAGGAGCUGAGCUGCUCAGUAACCUGUAUGAGAAACUAGGACGAAUACUGACCAACACAGAACAAGCCUCGUCAUGGCAGCAUACAGAAGCGUUGUUAUAUGGGUUCCAGUCGAUAGCGGAGACAAUAGAUGUCAACUACUCUGAUGUCAUCCCAGGCCUGAUUGGACUCAUCCCCAGAAUUAGCAUCAACAACGUCCAACUGGCCGACACCGUUAUGUUCACUAUAGGAGCUCUAGCAGAGUGGUUGGCAGACCACCCAGUUAUGUUGAGUAGUGUUCUACCUCUGGUACUCCAGGCCUUGGGGAACCCAGACCUCUCCGUCUCCUCUGUCUCCACACUCAAGAAGAUCUGCAGAGAAUGCAAAUUCGACCUGCCACCCUACGCUACAAAUAUAGUGGCUGUAUCACAGGAGGUGCUGAUCAAGCAGAUUCACAAGACCAGUCAGUGUAUGUGGCUGAUGCAGGCCUUGGGCUUCCUGCUGUCUGCUCUGCCUGUGGAGGAGAUACUGAGGAACCUGCACUCCCUCAUUACACCCUACAUACAGCAACUUGAGAAACUAGCGGAUGAGACGCCCAACCCAUCCAAUAAACUAGCGAUAAUCCACAUCCUGGGUCUGUUAUCUAAUCUCUUCACUACGCUGGACAUCAGCAAGCAGGAGGACGAAUCAGGAGAGGGCACAGCGCCACCUGUCAAAACAGCCCCGCCACCACCAGGACCUAACCCGGUGGUGGUGGUCCUACAGCAGGUCUUUGCUCUCAUUCAGACGGUCCUCAGCAAGUGGCUCAACGACUCUCAGGUGGUGGAGGCCGUGUGUGCUAUCUUUGAGAAGUCGGUGAGGACUCUCCUCCAUGACUUUGCCCCCAUGGUGUCUCAGCUCAGUGAGAUGCUAGGACAGAUGUACAGUACCAUACCACAAGCUUCAGCACUGGACCUCACACGACAGAUGGUCCAUAUAUUUGCCAGUGAGACGGACAACUUCCCUCCCAUCAAGGCUCUAUUUGAGCUGGUUACCUCGGUAACACUCUCCAUCUUCCAGCAAGGACCCAGGGAUCAUCCUGAUAUUGUUGAUUCAUUUAUGCAACUCCAAGCUCAGGCCCUCAAACGGAAGCCAGAUCUCUUCUUGUCUGAGAGUCUUGACGUGAAAGCUGUGUUCCAUUGUGGAGUACUGUCACUCAAAUUCCCAGAGGCUCCAACAGUGAAGUCUACCUGCUUGUUCUUUACUGAGUUGUUGCCCCGUUGCUCAGAUGUGCCCCCAGUGGCCAGAGUGGUGCAGGAGGAUGGAAAACUACUCCUGCAGGCUGUACUCGAGGCAAUCGGGGGAGGUUCAUCUCGUAGUCUGAUGGACCAGUUUGCUGAGGUGCUGUUCAGUCUCAAUAAGCACUGUUUCCCUCUUCUCACUGUGUGGCUGAAAGAGGCGCUGCAGGCAGCAGGCUUCCCCUCCACUAGGGUCACCACAGAACAGAAGGACACCUUCACCCAACAGAUACUCAGAGAGCGAGUCAAUAAGCGGAGGGUGAAGGACAUAGUAAAGGAGUUUACCCUAGUCUGCAGAGGGCUUCACGGGACCGAGUACGCCGCUGAAUACUGACCCUGACCUUGCAACGACUUCCCCAGGCUGGAUGCCACGGUACCACAGUACCCACAAACCCCUCAACACUGGAGUUUUCCUUGGACGAUUGAAACUAGACCGUCCCCCUAGAACAGAAAACAGCUCCCCAUACAGGCCAACCAUUAGACAAAUGGUGCUCUAUCACACCACUCAACGGUCUGACGAAGGCUGCUCUCCUUCUUUCCUCUCUUUCCCCCUCUCUUUCUCUCCUUCCCUUUUGUGACAUCAACUCCCAGCAUGUCCUCACUUCACCCUCCUUCUCUCCUUUCUCUCUCUGUUGUUGCAUUGGGAUCAUCUGUGGCUCAGAGGCUGUUUCCCUGCUGUUUCCUGGUUGUUUAGCAUCUGAGAUGAUAGUGGUACUGUACCUGCUGUCAGUAGCUAGCUAGUUUACCUUUGUAACUUUGGAAAGAAAACUAAAUAAAUAUACAUUACCAGUCAAAAGUUUGGACACACCUACUCAUUCAAGGUUUUCUUUAUUUUUUACUAUUUUCUGCAUUGUAGAUUAAUAAUGAAGACAUCAAAACUAUGAAAUAACACAUAUAUAU